AUGAAGCUUUUGGCGAUAAUAUUGGGAUCGACCAUUGUCGCAGCCGCGAUGGUGAAGAAUAGCUAUGACUAUGUCAUCGUCGGUGGCGGAACAGCGGGCCUCGCUCUCGCCACCCGCCUAAGUCUCGGACUCCCCUCCGCCGAGAUCCUCAUCAUUGAGGCCGGGUCGUCCGCCCUCGACGACAUCCGCAUCAACGCCCCCGGCAUGCGAGGCUCUGCCCUAGGUUCGGGCUACGACUGGAACUUCACGACUACUCCUCAAGAGAACCUGGGCGGGCGCCAGAUCGAGGUCAACCGCGGCCACGUCCUCGGCGGCUCGUCCGCCAUCAAUUACCUCUGCUAUGAUCGUUCGGCGGUUGCCGAGUACAACGCAUGGGAGGAGCUUGGGAACAAAGGCUGGAAUUGGGACGUCAUGAUUGAGGCCAUGGUCAAGUCGGAGAACUUUACUGGCAGUGAUGUUGACCUCCAUGGCGAUUCGGGCCCGAUUCGGACUACGUUCAAUCGCAAGUUGCCGAGCUGCGUUGAGUCGUGGAAGCCGACGAUGAACGCAGUUGGCGUGGAGACGAAUGAGCGGUCGCUGAGUGGUAACCCGAUUGGCGUGUCGUACCAGCCGACGAACAUCGAUACCAGGCGAUAUACGCGAUCGUACGUUGCCAACAGCUAUCUUCCCUUGGCCGGCGACAACCUGGAGGUUUUGACGAAUACUCAAGUCGCCAAGGUCGACUUUGCCAAGAAGAAGUGCAAGGGCCAUCUGCAAGCCGUUGGCGUCACCCUCGAUGAUGGCACGAAAAUUAAGGCCAAGAAGGAAGUUAUCCUCUCGGCUGGCUCGGUCCAGAGCCCAGGCCUGCUCGAGAAUUCUGGCAUCGGCCAACCCGAAGUCCUCAAGGCCGCUGGGAUCGAAACUCUCGUCGACCUACCAGGCGUCGGAGAGAAUUACCAAGACCACAUCCGAACUUCCAAUACGUACAGGCUCAAGGAAGGGUUCGACAGCUUCGAUCCCAUGAUCUACGAUUCCGGGAGCGAUUUCGUCGCAGAGCAGGUCGACCUCUGGCUCGCCGGACAGCCGGGCUGGCUCGAUUACACCACAUCCACCUACGCAUUCCUCAAUUGGGGUCAAAUCCUCAACAAAACAGACGAAGCCGCUCUCAUCGCCGCCGCCAAAACGGCCGCCGGCAAGAAGCCCACGACCAUCGACAAGAAAAAGAUCGAGCUCCUCUCCGACCCCACCGUGCCGCAGAUCGAAAUCAUCCUCGAAGCCAACUACAUUGGCGUCAAGCCUUACCCGGGCGGCAGCUUCAUCACGCUUUUCUCGUCGGUGAUGCAUCCCAUGGCCCGCGGCAGCGUGCACAUCAACCCGGCCGACCCGCACGGCAAGCCGAUCAUCGACCCGCGCUACUUGUCCAACGAGCACGACGUGCAGGCCAUCAUCGUGGCGGCUAAGUUCUCGCGCAAGAUCGCCAACACGGCGCCCAUGGUCGAUACGUGGGAUAAGGAGUUCGAGCCGGGCGAGGAUGUGCAGUCGGAGGAGGAGUGGAGGGCUUUUGCGAGGGAUGCUACGCUGAGCUUUUAUCACCCUGUUGGAACGUGCGCGAUGUUGCCGAGAAAGGACGGUGGGGUGGUGAGUGAGAGAUUGGUUGUGCAUGGGACGGCGAACCUGAGGGUGGUGGAUUGUAGUAUUAUUCCGACCGUGAUGUCGGCGCAUAUUCAGACGGCCGCGUAUGGUAUUGCAGAGAUUGCGGCGGAGAUGAUCAUCAAGGAUGCGAAAUAA